UGUCGCUUGUGUCACUCAUCUACAGCUCGUGCAGAACGCUCUGUGUGAGCUCGCGGCCUUUUUAUUCUGCCUUUCUUCAUGUGACCAUGACCAUGGGAGCCACUCGCACGCAGCGGGGUGCCUGCUGUGUCUGAAGUACAGCGGAGAGGAGCACGGCACAGGGCCAGAGCAUGGGGUGACGAGGACUAUCCUCUGCUGAUCUCAAUGCAGAUGACCAGUGAUGGCCACAGCAUCACCUCAACAUUUGUUGGAUGAAGUAAUAAACACUGGCCAACAACAGGAACAUCAGCAACAGGAAGAAUUUCUCAACUCACUAGAGACUAUUGUCCUCACCAUCUUUCUGUCCAUCAUCAUCAUCAUGACAGUGUUUGGUAACUUGCUGGUCAUGGUGGCACUCUGCAAGGACAGACAUCUACGAAAGAAGAAGACUAACUACUUCAUUGUGUCGCUGGCGUUUGCCGACUUGCUGGUUGCGGUUGUGGUGAUGCCCUUCGCUGCGAUCGAGCUGACCACUGGCCAGUGGCGUUACGGAGAGAUCUUCUGCCUGGUCCGAACGUCUCUGGAUGUUCUGUUAACUACAGCAUCCAUCCUACACCUCUGCUGCAUUGCACUGGACAGGUAUUAUGCUAUCUGCUGCCAGCCUCUGGUUUACAGACACAAAAUGACACCCAUCAGAGUGGCAGCAAUGCUCAGCGGUUGCUGGCUUAUCCCCACGUUAAUCUCCUUCCUACCCAUAAUGCAAAGCUGGAACGCAAUCGGCAUUGAAGACAUUAUUGAGGAAAGGCGAGCUCUGGCAGGGGGCUCCAAUGACACCAGUUGCAUAUUUUUGGUCAACCGGCCAUACGCCCUCAUCUGCUCUGCUGUGGCCUUCUACGUCCCAUUAGCUCUCAUGGUCCUAGCCUACCAGCGUAUCUAUGUCACCGCCAUGACCCAUGUGCGGCAGAUCGAGACACUUCAGCGGGCUGGCUCUGCUCCUGUUGCUGGUACAGUUCCAGUGAUUAUCGUGAGGUCCUCUACAUCCUCAGAUCCUAUGGAGCACUAUCGCUUAAGGACACCAACGGGCUCCUCCCAUUCAGACCAUGCUCCCAUAGCGAACAGCCGAAUGCGUGUUGAGACAAAAGCUGCAAAGACACUGGCAGUUAUAAUGGGUUGUUUCUGUCUAUGCUGGGCACCGUUCUUUAUCACCAACGUGGUGGAUCCCUUCAUCCAUUACUCAGUGCCCUGGCAGCUGUGGACAGCCUGGUUGUGGCUCGGUUAUAUUAACUCAGGGUUGAACCCCUUCCUGUACGCCUUUCUCAACCGAGCAUUUCGGAGGGCCUUUCUGGUGAUUCUAUGCUGUGGGGAUGAGCGGUACGCACGGCAGGCCAGCUGCUCUUAUGGACACUCCAACAGAGCAUGCUCAGCUGCAUCAGUCAACGGGACGUCGAUGGCAUUGAGAUUGUCCUUCCUGCCUAACCGCAGCUACAGCGACAACGGACGGACCAUGCUAGCCAAUGAACAUGAGUCCCAGUACUCUCUUGGACCCCUAUGAGUCUGACUGGACAGAUUUGUGAUGUCAUCAGCUGAUAUGAGAGACCUUCUGGUGUGAUCAGUCUACAGUGAGCCAAGUUGAACUGUAUAAAAGGAGGAUAUAGAACCUUGAUAUUCACUCUAUGAUCCCGCAUCAACAGUGACUAACAUUUUUAAAACAUAUGUUGAUGCUGGGCAUCAGACACAUACAGAAUGUCUAAUCAAACACUAGCUGGCUGUAAAACAGACAAAAUAAAUCAUAUUGAUCAAGAACCACUGGUUGAGGAGUACUCGUGUCCAUUGACUGAAGAGCACUGACAAUAUUUUGAGAUUUCUUCUCAUUUUGAGACACAAAGACCUGUUCUCAGUGGAACAUCUGGAUCACAUCAUGGCAGCGGUCCUACGCCACAGAUCUCAGAAGACUGCAAGCCGAAUUCUGGAUAAAGUGAUGGAAGAAGCAAGAGACCAAGACGCCGUUCUUAGCGCUAUGAUUUAAAGAAUAAACAAGAUAUUUCAUAGCUCAUUUCUAGCUGCACAAUCAGCUGAUUCAGUUAUCCUUAGAUAGGAGUUCAGUUUAUUGUGGAUCAGUUUGUUUUUUUAGCCUUCAUCAGCAUCAAUAGCACUCUUAAAUAGCUGGAUGAAAUAUCAAAAGUGGACAUUUUUAAUUUGUAUCCAUUCAGCUUCAGUUAUGCAGCACCAAAGGUUUACGAUGGGAUACUAGAAGUCAGUUUGUGAUGAAGUGCAGCAGCGUAUAAACUGUUCUGUCAUUGAUCACUGGGAUGAACACUUUUCUAAAACCUUUCCCGGCAAAUUCUUUAAUGCACAUGCCUCUUUGGGUUUAAAGUUUCACAUCUGUUACAGCUAGGGACAAAGCUCAGCAUCUCUACAAGAAGGUGGAAAAUAUAUUUGCCAUUUAUGGGCAUCCCCGCCAUCCUGCGAGAAGCUACAGUGAUGUAUAGUGGAGUUGGCUUUCAAGGCACUGAAAGUACAAAUACAUUAUCCUCCUUGAUCAUGUACCUCAUGUAUCAUAUGUCUCCUCACAAGGUUAAAGUUCAUCUGACAAAAUUAUCUGGUAUAAACAUUGUCAUUUAAAGUUUGGUCCUCAAGUUCUAAUAUUAUUGUUUAAGAUCUAUUUAUUUCCCUUCAACCUAUACGUUCUUCAUUUUUUCACCAGCUACAUUGUCCAGCAUGACUGUUUCAUUAUUGGGGGCUUUGGUCUAAAUUUGAUAUUUUCCGAUUUAACAACACAUACCAUUAUUUCGGAGACAUGUUCAAUUAACCAAUUUUUACAAGGGCAACAUAAAUACAAUAAAAAUAAAGCAAAGAAAUGUGUAUGUGCACAAGUAGUAUUUGCUGAUGAAUCCACUUUGAAAAGAGACAUCAGAACUUUAUGAGAAACAUUGUAUUAAUGCAAGGUGAAAAAAUCCCUCAAUUGAAGAACAUAUGGCCUGAAACCACAGUGAGGAUAAAAUGGGCAAACGCAGCGAAAACAGCUACAAAGGGCAAAGAGCUACAGAGUAGGAUGUGUUUCUCUGUGGGUUUGCCAGCUGUUGUCACCCGCUCACAAUACAAACUAUCAGUAAUGUCUGUAUGAUACAGGUUUAACUCUCCUUAAAAGUGUGAUGCUUGUUUGCAUAUCUACAUUCCCUCUGGCACAUUCUCUCCUUCUAUCAGAACACAUUUAAGAGUCAAAUACACAGAGGUGUGAAAGCAACUCAGCUGCCUCCUUUCUGUCAUCACUGAUAUUUGCAUUUUAUGUUCAUUCUUGAUCUUAGUAUCUGCCUCAGAGAACCACAGUUAUCUCAUUCUCUUUCAUUUUGGUUUUGAAAUGCACAAUUUUGAAAUGUGGCUUCAAAGAGCUACAUGGACAUUCUGUCAGUGUGACAACUUUUUAUAGUCCAUUUGUUAGUGCUUCGUCUUUGUUUUCUGUGAUGGAGAUGAGAAAUAAACAGUGAAUUUGA